GCUGCGACUGGAAGAAGCUGGAAGCAGAGUUUGGCGAGCGGGUGAUGCACAGGAAGUCCGGGAACUUCCUGGGCUACCACAUUCGGACGGGAGCCCUGCUCGCCAUGACGGUUGACGGCGUGGAGAAGGCCCAAGGUUUCAAGAAGCUGCCGAAGGAGCAAGCUGGGACAGUAAGGACUGGGCAGCUCUUCGAGGAGUUCCUUGGGCGACUCGCCCGGAGGAGGAGGCGCCCGCUCUGGCGAGCGCCGGCGGUGGCUACCGUUCGGAUGGAGCCACGAGCCCCGCGAGCGGGGUACGUCCUACGCCGCGACAUCGAGAAGUAUGGUGCCACUGCGGGCUGUCCUGGAUGUCUGGAGCUGACGCAGAAGGGCAAGAUCACGAAAACCCACAGCGACGAGUGCCGCGACAGGAUCGCAGUGUUCGAGGUCGAGAUGCAGCUGGAGGAGACCAAGCUGCCCUACCGCCGCCCUCUGGGGACGGCGAUCGAGCUCCUGCCCCAGAGCCGAGGGACACCGAGAUGGCGGUGGUGCCGGCCGGAGGCAGUGGAAGCGAACCGAGCACUGCCAGGAAGCGCCGAGGAGACGCACCCGACCCUGGACGAGCUACCCGGGCACGAGGCGAUGCGAGAGGAAGCUCAGCACCUGCAACUGCUGAAGCUGAAGCUCGGCUCGCGCUCAAGCGAGCGCCGGGCUCCAGAUGGAUCGAUGGACGUCGACUUCCUGGAGCGGAUCAACGGCUACGACAAAGGCAACGCGUUUAUCAUGAUCUACGAGCUGGCGAUGUUCGAGAUGUGGACGAACGCCAACGUGAACGACGCAGAGCAGGCGGAGGAGAUCGCGUCACUUCUUACCGAGAUGUGCGCAGUGGACACUGCGGAGGUUUGUUCGCCGAGAAGGUUUGCAGAGAUGACGUUCAGGCACGGCCUCGCGCACGGCCUGGCAGUGGAUAUCGAGACCGGUUGGGAUCUGCGAUUGCCCGAGCAGCGAAAGGAGUGCAAGAAGCAGCUAAAGGACGAAGACCCGCUGCUGACGACCACCAGCCCCCCGUGCACGCCAUUCAGCAACUUGCGGACGCUCUCGGACUCAAAGCGAGACCCGAAGAUCGUGGAGGCGGAGAUCCUGGAAGGCGAGACGCACCUCAAAUUCAGCACGGAGAUUUGCAAGGGGCGCUACAAUGCAGGGAAGCUGUUUCUUCACGAAGCACCUUGGUCAGCGAGUAGCUGGCACCGCCCGAGCGUUCAGGAGGUCAUACAGUUGGCAGGCGUAUUCUUAGUCCAUGGACCUAUGUGCCGCUGGCACAUGCAGGCGACCGACUCCAUCGGAAAGUUGGGCGUCGUUCGGAAGGAGACCGGGUGGCUCACCAACAGCGAGCUGCUCGCCGAGAUCCUCAAAAGCUAUUCUCAAAUGGCCUACGAGAGGAGCUUCGACGACGAGAAGGGCUCAACCUACUUGCAGCUCUUUGUGGAGGACCACACCCACAUGAAGAAGAGACUGAGGUGUCCGCUGAGUACCAGGACGAUGAGGGGGGUGCGAGCCGCGAGGGAAGAAGAACUGGAUUGGUGCCGCGGGAGGCAGGUAUGGAAGAAGGUACCUAGACGCGAGAUGCUCGAGAACGGCCAGAAGGCAGUGACCUUGAAAUGGAUAUUCACGAACAAGGGCGACCGAACUCAACCACGGCAUCGUUCGAGGCUGGUCGCGAGGGAGAUUAAGAAAGCGAUGAGGUCCGAAGACCGACCAGAUCAAGCUGAACUAUUCUCGGCCAUGCCACCGCUGGAAGCGUUCAAGGCGAUGGUGACCAUCUUCGUCGGCCGCGUGAACGACGCCUACCGCGACGGCGAUGCGGAGGAGAUCAUUUACAAGUUUUGCGACAUCUGA